AUGGCUAACUUAUCUACUGAACUGCCAGCAACAGAUUUCAUUUUAGUAGGCUUCUCUGAUUAUGUCCGACAACCCGCCGUUCUGUUCCCGCCAUUUUUGACUAUCUACAUGCUCUCUGUUUUGGGCAACUUUCUUCUGAUUUACGUGACCAUUGUAUCUCCUCAGCUACAAUCUCCAAUGUACUUUUUCCUCAGCAACCUUUCCCUUGUAGACCUGUGUUUGACAACAGUCGUGGUCCCUCGGCUCCUCCUAAACUUACUGUUCAAGAAUAAAACCAUCUCUUUCCCAGAUUGCAUUGCCCAGGUUUAUUUUUUCAUCGCCUUUGCUGGAGUGGAAUGCUUCAUUCUUACCUGUAUGGCCUACGACAGAUACGUGGCCGUCUGCAAACCAUUAUAUUACAUAACAAUAAUGAACAGGAAGCUGUGUCUCCAGCUAGUCCUGGCUUCCUGGAUAAUCAAUUUUGUCAAUUCUAUCCUCCAUACUCUUUUGAUUUCUAGGUUGUCUUUUUGUGGAUCUCGACUUGUUCAGCAUUUCUUCUGUGACCUACUGCCACUCUUCAAGCUUUCUUGCUCUGAUACAUCAACCAAUCAGUUGGUCAUCUUCACUGAAGGAUUCGUGAUUGUUGCCGUGCCUUUCUUGGUUACUUUGAUUUCUUAUAUUCAUAUCAUUUGGACCAUAUUGAAGAUACCGUCUUCCACGGGGAAGAAGAACGCAUUUUCCACGUGCUCAGCCCACUUGACCGUAGUCAUGUUGUUUUACGGAACAAUGAUUUGUGUGUAUUUUCGACCAUCAUCUGCAUAUUCACUUGUCUAUGAUAAACUUGCAGCGGUUCUAUACACGGUCUGCACCCCAAUGCUCAAUCCAUUUAUUUACAGCUGGCGGAAUAAAGAUGUAAAGAACGCAUUCAAGAAAGUCAUACGUUCUCAUGUAUUUAUGUAA